AUGAUGGUCUGGAUCCACGGUGGUGGGUUUGUCGACGGCGACGCGGGGGACGCGAGCGAAGGCAACACCUACGACGGCUGCGGCCUGGCCGCCAGUCACGGCGUGAUCGUCGCGGGCAUGAACUACCGGUUGGGCGUGCUCGGCUUUGCCGCGCUGGAGAGGGCGGGCGGGGGCGUCGACGCCAACUUCGGGCUGGAGGACCAGCGCGAGGCGCUGCGGUGGCUGCGCGACCAGGCGUUCGCCAUCGGCGGCGACCCCGCCAGGGUGACGAUCUUCGGCGAGUCGGCCGGGGGCAUGUCCGUUUUCCACCACCUCGUGUCCCCGCGGAGCGCUGGGUUGUUCCGGGCGGCCAUCAGCGAGUCGGGCCUGCCCACCGCAGCCGGCCGGGAGUUCAGCCUCGGCAACACGCGGGCCUUCGCCAGGGCCGCUGGCUGUGAGCGCGGAGAGCCCAUACGCGCGUGUCUCUUGGGGAAGAGCAUGGACGAGCUGAUACGGGCCCAGGCGGCAGGGGGUUCGCCUUUCGCGUCGAAUUCGACCGGCUGGGGUGCCACCGUGGACGGCGUCGACCUCACCGACUACCCGAGGCGGCUGAUGGCGCACCGGCUCAGGGUGCCCGUGCUUGCUGGAUUCAACACGGAUGAGGGAAACGUGUUCGUGUGGCACGUGCUGACGGAGUUCGACCCGGGCACGGCGCUGAACCCCGCGCAGCUUGCGGAGGUGUUCCGCCGGUACCCCGCCGCGCCAGAGGGAGACCAGCGGAUCCUGGCGGCGCGGGUGUUCACCGACUACGGCAUCCUGUGCGGCACGCAGUGCGCCCUGUCGAGCGCGGCGCCGGGCAAGGCUUUCUUCUACCGCUUCGACCACAGGGGUGGCUGCCCCAAGCCGGGGACCGUGCCGGGGGUCUACCACGGCUUGGAGCUGCCCUACGUCUUCGGCACGCCAGCGUCGUACCAGUGCUCAUUCGACGCUGGGGAGGAGGCCCUCAGCGCCAGGAUGCAGAGGCUUUGGGCCGACUUCGCGAAGCACCUGGCGCCGUCCCCGAGCGACGGGUCGUUCCCCGCCUUCGGCGGGGAGAACAUGACAAAUUUGGUGCUGCGCGCCAGUGGCGACUCGCUCGAGGGCGGCUACCGGGCCGACUUCUGCCGCUUCUGGUCCGAGGUGUGGCAGCUGGGCGGCGCCUCGCCUCUGCUGGUGUAG